GGCUCUGUGAACUUCAAGUUCGGGGUUCUUUUUGCCAAAGAUGGGCAGCUCACCGAUGACGAGAUGUUCAGCAACGAAAUCGGAAGUGACGCUUUUCAGAAAUUCUUACACCUCCUGGGCGACACAAUCACUCUGAAGGGCUGGACGGGCUACCGUGGCGGUCUGGACACCAAAAAUGACACCACAGGGAUCCACUCGGUCUACACUCUCUACCAAGGCCACGAGAUCAUGUUCCACGUGUCCACCAUGCUGCCGUACUCCAAAGAGAACAAGCAGCAGGUGGAAAGGAAGCGCCACAUCGGGAACGACAUCGUCACCAUUGUGUUCCAGGAAGGAGAGGAGCCCUGUCCUGCCUUUAAGCCUUCCAUGAUCCGCUCCCAUUUUACACGUAUCCUGGGCCUUGUGACUGCUCUGGUUCG